CCGAGUCCGCGCGCGCGCCACUUCCCCGACCUGGCUCUCUCCCUGACAGCCCGCGAAGGGCAUCACAAGGCGCAAGACGUGGAUCCCGGAGGCAUCGUUGCAUCGCGUAAGAGCAUCCGUCGCUGAUCAUCACGCCUGCAGGUGCCCGCGAGAGACUGCGCUGUCCAAACGAAGUGUUUCGGCGACGUUGUGAACAGCGAGAGGAGCGACGAGAGUUGGGCCACGCGGAAGUUACACGCCUCCCGAUGGUCGCCCCGCCUGAACUUUGCGUGAAGCUUCCUAAGUCUCCCGCACUCCCAAAUAAGAGUGCUUGUGAAGUUUGAGGCACGUGACAAAAGUGGCAACAGACGACUCACGGAUAUGCUUUUCAGAAGUUUUGCGAAGUCUUCCGCCGAGACCAGCAAGGUGGUUUCGCUUUAAAUUUAGAAUCCCUGGAAUUGAGGGCCGAAGACAAAGCGCGUAUAUCUUUUUUUUUUUGCUCCAGAGCCUGUUCGGGUACCUUACUUUAUUUUGGUAGCAGUGCUAGGAUUAUUACAUCGAGGUAGCAGAGAGUUUUCUGGUCCGAACUAAGCAGCUCGCAGGAAAUGAGUUGAGGAAAUGAUGAGUCUCCGGUGUGCUCUUUUCUAAGCGAGCGUUUUGAAGAUAGGUUGUUAAACACUUAUGUCGAUCUUCUGCGGCUUCGGAUAUGCCGUUGAGCAGGGUGUUGGGUGGCGCUAGACAUCCUCGAAUAUAUUUUCUUCCACCAGAGGGUUGUAGUUCAGCGAAGAGGUUUUUUUCUGCGAUGCGACGAUAGCGUUUCAUGGUUCACAAUACAGGCGAAAUUCACAACGAUGAGUGUACGCAACGGUGAGCGUAGCAACAGCGUCGAUUAGGGAACAGUUGUCGCAGGCUGUUGCUCCUGCCACAGAACCGCUUCAGUAAUAAGGCACAGUAUGCUCUUUUAGUGAGUGGGGCACAGCGGUUUAAAAGCUUCUUCUAGUGAUCCGGGCCCGCGCUAUUAAUAUUGGAUGCCAGCCAAUGUUCAUGUUAUUCGCGAAGACUGCCGGCCAAUAGAAUACAAUACUUACGAAUCAAUAUAUUUGUGAAUUCGGCCCCAGUUUUGCACGUGAAGCUUUCUCUUAAACCAGCAGAAGGACGAACGCUGCGCUGAUACAUAACACACAACAAGGGCCAACUUCGGCGCGUCGCCUGAAAGUGCAACUCAAGCGCAAAAAGAGUCCAGCCAGAGUUUCUCUCCCGAGUAGGCAUUAAUCCCCGCGCCAGAGCCAAAGGUACACGAGGGUGGAUUAAUCCCACGGAAGCCACGCGACGUCAUUACACCGUGACACAGCAGGGGCUUCGACCGCAAGGGGUGCAGCGAUGGCCGUGCACAGAAGCUCACUGGCGGCGUACUGCUGACUGCAGCUUUGCGCGGUUUCAUCCAUGUAGCGGCUACGAGGUCGGGCCGACGGCUCCAGCGUCGACGGCGCUCGGCGAAAAAAAGGAGCAGGAAACAAGUGAUUAGUCAGCCGGGCCGCCACUCGUUGCUAAGCCGGCGAUGUCCACGGCUCAGAACCUUCGCGAAGCGGAACUACUGAGGACGUUCGUCGGCCUCCUGUCUCUGAUCCAGCUGCGGCUCCUGGCGGCGACCACGGUCACGGGAGGUCCAUCCUGAUGCUGCUGCUAGUGGCCUGUGAUGACCACUCCCUGCAAGUUCUCUCGGAGGCUGCUUCUGUGCGUCACAAGCUGCAUCGGCGUCUACGUCGUCUUUGUGUGGUACCUGCACGUCCCCCACGUUGGCCGUCGCGUGGACGUCGGUGUUGCAGAAGCCCUGACUUACGAUUUUAUGGUCGCCGCGCCCAGUGUAAAUGGACGACCUCCGACCAGAAACAGUUCCGCAUCGUCGGCCAAGCGCAGUUUGUCGACGCACUUUCCUAGAGCCGACGAAGGCUCACAUACCUACGCUUUCCCUUACAUCCUGAACAAGCCGCACUUGUGCUCCGAUUCAGCGGCGGCCGCCGUUCUCAUCGUGGUCAUCACGAGCUCCAUCAACUUCGCGCAGCGCAAUGCCAUCCGCAGUACCUGGGGCGAAGCGGCUCGCCGGCGCGGCUACAAGGUCAUCUUUCUCGUGGGCACACCGAAACUGAAGCCUUUCCAGAGGAACAUCGUGUACGAGGACUCCCAGCACGGAGACAUCGUUCAGGCGGACUUCGUUGACUCUUACCGAAACCUGACGCUGAAGUCGAUCACCAUGGUCCGCUGGGCAAGCGCCUACUGCUCCAACGCGAGCCUCGUGCUCAAGAUCGACGACGACAUGCUGCUGAACGUGUGGGACCUCGCGGUGCGCGUUCGGACGCUGCGGGGGGUCAGGCGGACGCUGUGGGGUCUGCUCGCGCAGAAGUGGACGCCGCAGAGGAACCCCCGGAGCAAGUGGUACGUGUCCGCCAGGGCGUACCGGAAUUCGUCGUACCCUGACUUCCUGGCCGGACCGGCGUACCUCCUGUCCGGGGACAGCGUCCCGCUCCUGGCGCGCGGUAGUUUGGGCGUGCCUUACCUGUACCUGGAGGACGUCUUUCUCACCGGCAUCGUGGCCGAGAAGAUGGGCGUGCGCCGCCUGCACGACGACGGGUUCCUCAACUACAGGAAGCUCUUCACGCCGUGCACCAGGCCCAGGGUGCUGACUAGCCACGGGUACACGCCGCUCUACUUGAAGCACACGUGGCGAGCGCUGUUUGCCGGCGCCGAGAGGCGGACGUGCGAUGACGGUGCGCCAGUCAGCAGUGACAGUGGAAACGACACGGCGGCGAAGACGAACUCCGAGGUGCGGACAGGGAUUGUUUAAUCAAGCAACCAUGACUGAAACCCACAAAGGAGAGGGACGCUCGUGAAAGAGAACGUGGUACGGAGCUGCAGGCAGGAUAUUUGCAAUGAUCGCUGUGGAAGUAAACGUUGCAGCGUACGAUAAAAAUUUACUAUGUUUAUAUAUAUAGCUUUAGACUACAUUUAGAAGCCGACAUUCAUUACAGGCAGUAAUCGCUGUGGAUGUACUCUGCCGACAGACCCGAUGGAGAAGGAAACUCGAUGACAACGUCUGUGAAAACUGCCAAAAAGAAAGGUGUUUUGGUAAGUGUACAACAGCAGUUCAACCUCACUGUAGCAAUGGGGACGGUAAAAAUACACACGCAGACUUUUGUCCAAAUCGUGGGGCGUAAGCUCAUGAAUGCGCUCUUUUUACGUUCUCGACGAGUUGUUCGAAGCGUUGAAUGUCGCUUCUUAGGUCGCAAAAAAAGAAACCUUGAAUAGGCACUUGAACAAGUUUGUUAGUACCACUAGCCGUUGACGACAGUGCAACUUUGGACCAUUGCAGAGAAGCACUGAUGUUACGAUGUAUAAAUAUUUUCAGGCAGUUCAAGCCACAGCGUUAACGAAAGUUUUCCGGCUCUUUCGAACUGUUGUGAUGAUGAUGUGUUGAAGAUAGGGACGGAGCGAAUCAGUGAUAAAAGAAAUCGCUUCAGUCG